GGGAUUCGAUUGGAUAAAGUUUUGAUGAAAACAAAUAUGGCGGGCGAAGGGGACCGGAAUGAAAAUCUUGAUUUUACAACACCUCAUUCGGCUUGUAAUUUCAAUCUAGCUCGUUUGAGAGAACGCGUAAAAGAAUAUAUUGAUAAGCAUCACUAUGACUCGGCAUUGUUUUGGGCAGACAAAUUGGUGUCACUGUCAAAUGGUGCUAUGGAGGAUGUAUAUUGGUAUGCUCAGACCUUGUACAGUACUGGCCAGUACCAUAGAGCUGCAAAUUGUAUUCUCAACAGAAAACUACACAAAAGCCAUACGUGUUGCAGAUACCUAGCUGCCAAAUGUCACUAUGAGUGCAAGGAGUACCAAGAAGCCCUGGCUAUAUUAGAUUUUGUUGAACCAUGUUCUAUACAGCCGAUCAACAAGAGAAUGUCAUUUAACAUUAACCAAAGUAUAUCUGAACCAGAAACCUCAACUUCUAACAAAAGUAUGGAAAGUUCUAUGAAUGUUCUACGAGGUCAGAUCUACGAGGCAAUGGAUAACAGAACCCUUGCUAUGGAAUGUUUUAGAGAGGCUCUUAGACAAGAUGUGUAUUGUUAUGAAGCUUUCGACCUUCUAGUCAAUCAUCAUAUGUUGUCAGCACAAGAAGAGAGGGAGUUGAUAGACAGUUUACCAUUUAGCUUACAGUGUCCAGGUGAAGAGGAGGAAUUAGUCAAAUAUCUUUAUGAAAAUAAACUUAAAAAGUAUGACAGACCGCAGGAAGCUAAAGUACCAGAGAGUUUAGAGGUCCUCAGUGAUAACCUAGACAUUAUAUGUAAUCUAGCAGAGAGAUAUUACUAUAACUGUGAUUUUAGGGAAUGUUAUAAACUUACUACAAGAAUUUUGAACACAGACCCAUACAAUAGUACAUGUUUGCCGCUCCAUAUAGCUGUGAUGGUAGAACUUAAGAAAGCUAACAGUUUAUUUUAUCUAGCACAUAAAUUAGUAGAUCUUUACCCAAACAAGCCAGUUUCAUGGUUUGCAGUGGGAUGCUACUAUUUCCUGAUAGACAAGAAAGAUCCUGCACGUAGAUAUCUCAGUAAAGCAACAACUUUAGAAAGAACUUACGGACCAGCAUGGCUGGCAUUUGGCCAUUCCUUCGCUACAGGAAAUGAACAUGAUCAGGCAAUGGCAGCUUACUUCACAGCAGCUCAGCUUAUGAAAGGAUGCCAUCUUCCUGCGUUGUACAUAGGCCUAGAGUAUGGACUUACUAACAAUCCUAAGUUGGCAGAGAGAUUUUUCAGUCAGGCACUGAGUAUAGCUCCGGAGGAUCCAUUUGUUUUGCAUGAGAUGGGUGUGAUAGCCUACCAGAAUGAAGAGUGGAUCAUGGCAGAAAAAUACUUCAAGGAUGCAUUGGGGAGAAUACAAGUGUGUGAAAGACAGACAAAUGUACCAGAGAAAUGGGAGCCUCUUCUUAAUAACCUUGGACAUACAUGUAGAAAACUAAAAAAGUAUGAUGAAGCAUUAGAGUACCAUCAGCAGGCUCGUACCUUAGACCCCCAGAGUCCAUCUACAUACUCUGCUAUAGGUUAUGUUUUUGCUUUAAGAGGAGAUUCAUUAGAAGCAGUGGAUUAUUUCCACAAGGCUCUAGCAAUAAGACGAGAUGAUGCGUUUUCCACCACAAUGUUGUCAAAUCUUGUAGAAUCUCUCAUGUUAGAACUCUCCCCAGGAGAAGACCUAGAAGACAGCCCUGUAUUUAUGGCCCCGACUGAUGUACCAGUGUUCUCGAUGGAUGACCAUAACGAUUCCAAGGACCUACCUCCACCCCCGAUUAUGAGGCUGACCUCACAGCUAGAUGAUUCCUCAGUGGCGGAAUCUUCGGCAGUAGAAAGCAGUAGUCUUAUGAUAGAAGAAGUAGAAAUGGGGGACUGUGACUGAUAAAGAAUAAGUCUAUAGAUGCAUAAACAAUUACCACACAAUUAGGAAAUUGUGGAAAUGAAAUUAAAUGAAAUGGGUAGCAUUGAAAUGCUGUGAUCUUAUACCUUGAACCAUGUAUGUAAGAAAGACUAAAUAUAUGAUGCUACCAGUGGACAUACUUGAAACAGGUGAAAGAUCAGUUUGUAUGGAACAAUUUUGGACUGCCUUUUUAUAGUGCUAAAUUACUACAAUGAACGUGUCCAUUUUUCAAUUUGGACGGUACCAUUAACUGUUAAAAGGGGUGCAUACCAAAAGGAUACUGACUGAAUGGCGAACAGUGCAAAUCAUGAUCAGACUGCAUGGAUGUGCAGGCUGAUCUUGAUCUGCACUGAUCGCAAAGGCAGAAUCAGACGUGUUCAGCAUGAUAAGGGUUAAACUAUUUAUUUGAAGAUAGCAAAUGCCGAUCUUUCUCCAGAUGUUUUAUUUAUAGAUAUUUACUUCAAAUGUAGAAUGUGCUUACAAAUGUAUAUAACUUAAAAAGUAAAUGUGUAUGUAGAGCUACUAGAGCUACAUUCACAAGUAAAUGUCAUGCAGUAACAGUCGUUUGUUAUAAAAACUUCCUUUUUUUAGUGGUAGUACGUAUACUGAAGCUCUUUAAAAAUGCAACACUUUCUUAAUGUUCUGCUAAAAGUUAUUGUGAAUGUUUGAUGCAAAUUUCUUAUAUCAAAAUAAACAUAAAACCUAU